CGAGUGCUGGAGUUUGUGAGUGUUUCCCUGUUUGUCCUGUGCCCGACAGUGUCCUGCAACAAUCAUCCGAGUCGAUGACUGCGUUCAAAAACGGCAUUGGCGCAUCCGCAGAUCAGAAGACCCGAUUCUUUCUCAUCAUUAUGCGGCUGAACCCAAAGUUUCUGCUCAGUCUCUGCGUGGCGGUGACACUGAUAACGUUCGCCCUUUGGGCGUACUGUGGCCUUUACUUGUGGUUAACUUUCUCGACCAGCCCUCACUCAAAGGAAUUGCUUCCUUCAACAGGGGAUCUGUUCGAGCAGACGGAGGAAAUCGACUGUAUCAUCAAUCAGGAGUACGCGAUCGGGUGCCGCAAGGAGGGCGAUGAAGUGUAUCUGCCCUUUUCCUUCCUGCAGAAGUACUUUGACGUGUACGGGUCGCUGAACGUGGUCGAUGGCAGCCGCAGGUUCGAUUGGACGCACAGCUACGGGAAAGUUAACUAUCCCAAGGGAGGCUACGAUCCCCGUGGUAUCUUUAUGUACUUCGAAAACUACAACGUGGAGAUGCGCGAUCGCGUAAAGUGCAUCAGUGCGCUCGAGGGUGUCCCGAUUUCGACGCAGUGGGAAAGUCAGGGUUACUGUUACGCCACGCAAAUUGCUCAGUUUGGACUUUCGCACUACAGUAAAAACCUGACCGAACCAGAGCCACGCCGCAAGGUGGUCGAGGAUGGUGAUCGUGAAAUGGCCGCCUGGAUCAUACCGAAAAGUAGCUCCCUGAAUAGAACGCUCGAUCCGAUCGUCGCGAGGGCGGGAGGACGAUCGACGGGCGCGAACAUGGUGUUGACCUUCUCCACCGGCAAGUCUUUCGAUACGGCGCUCGUCCUGCCGAUGGAUCAUGUGUUGGAUUUGGUACUGAGCGUAGACGUGCUGCUGAAACCGAACUCAACCCUAUGCGUGACGCUGCAGAACCGGGAAACACAGAAGAUGUACCACGUGUACUACAUUCUUGCCGAUCUUCUGAUCGGCGUACAGGAUGAGAACAUUUACUACGGCAUCGGUCUAAACAGUACCGGAGUGUGGAAGCGUUUGACCCGCGAUCUGUUUGUUGAUCUGCAGAAAGGUUUGCCACAGUACGUGAUCACCGACAAGCGGCGCAAGAUGCGGCGCACUGAGUUGAAGGUGGUGGAAGUGUCGUUACUCGGCAACGGCAGUAUCGACAAUUUGACUCUCUCGACGAGUGAACAUAUUGCACAUUUUUAUGAUGCGGCCGAGUGGUUGAUACGGCACCAGGACCCGAGUAGCGGUGGAUGGCCUAUUCCAGUGCGAAGAAAAUUAGGCUCUGGGUUCGGUGAGCUGGCACGUGGAUGGUACUCGGCAAUGGCUCAGGGCCACGCCAUUUCGCUACUGGCACGAGCUUACUACCAUUCGCGGGGUGACCAACGCUAUCUGCGGGCGGCUCUCGACGGGUUAAAGCUCUUUCGGAUACCGUCCUACCAGGGCGGAGUGCUGGCCACUUUUCUGGGGAAGUACGCCUGGUACGAGGAGUACCCGACGACACCGCACUCGUUCGUGCUGAAUGGCUUCAUCUACUCGCUACUGGGACUGUACGAUUUGAAUUCGACCGCACCGGCCAACCAAUCGAACGAAGCUGCGAUGCUGUUUGAGCAAGGCAUGACGAGUCUGAAGAAGAUGUUGCUCCUGUACGAUACGGGAUCGGGUACGAGCUACGAUUUGCGUCACUUUACGCUCGGAAUUGCACCAAACUUAGCCCGAUGGGACUAUCACGCAACGCACGUCAAUCAACUGCUACUGUUGGCCACUAUCGACCCUGACCCGCUGAUCAUCCAGACGGCUGAACGGUGGAAAAACUACAUGAUAGGCAAACGAGCACAGCACAAUUAA